AUGGUAAACAAGAAAAAUAGUCAGUUACACGGGAAGCACCAGGCACCAGAUCAUAGUUCCGAUCCACCACCGGCGUAUUCACCUCCAGCUAGUUCGAUUGCUUCCUCUGAGGCUUCUUUGUGGACGGUGGAGCCGGAUUUUGCACCUGAUUUCACAAAUGCUUCCCAACGAGGGAGUGGUUGGGCUACAGUUCAUGAGUUUAGCACCCAUCUAGGAUGCGGGUCGCGUACAUCAGCUUUCAUCCAAGCCUUUCUGCGACCAAAAGCGCAGCCACGGUUGGUAAACGUGCGGUGCAACUCUCAAAUCCUGCCAGAAGAUGGCCCAUCCGACAGACAAGUACGACCGGAGCUUAGAGGAGUGCCCUUAGACAUUGUGAUAAUGGUCGUUGGAGAAAAUAUUGAGCCAUUUAUUGCGGUCGGCAAACGGCUGCUCCAGGACUCACAUCGGGUUCGGAUUGCUACGCAUGUCUCAUGCGAAUCAUUGGUGAAAGACUACGGCCUGGAUUUUUUCGCAAUUAGCCAGGAUAUAAUCCAUCCGAUGGCACAAUGGCUACGUGGGCCUAAUGCUAUGAACAAGGCUGUCGGUAGCGUCAAGCGUUCACUAUAUCAAAGCUAUCACAACUCAUGGAGAGCGUGCAUUGCGUCAUACAACGGUGAAUGCCGACCAUUCCUCGCAGACGCGAUUAUUGCGAAUCCAUUAGCACACGCGCAUAUUCACUGUGCUGAACGUCUUUCAAUCCCUCUGCAUAUCAUGUCGACUAUAAUCUGGAGUCCGACAAAGAAACUUCCCCAUCCGUGGGCCCAUAUAGAAGGUAGUGAAAACAUGGACCAGAACACGGCGAAUCUUCUGUCUUAUGCGCUCGUUGAGGAGACACUCUGGAACACCAUUAUCGAGCCUAUUAACAAAUUCCGGCAACAUGUUCUAGGCUUUAACGGGAUCUCGUCAGCUACCGGGGGAAGACUCAUGACCGACAACGAGAUUCCCCAUACCUAUUUCUGCCCAGAAGUGCUUGUUCUAAGGCCAGGUGACUGGGACAACAUGAUUGGUAUGUCAAACACUUCGUCCAGCCGUGCUAGAGCCAUCCAGGACACUGUGGUAAAGCACGGACUGCGUGCUAUACUGUCCCAAGACUGCCGUGACAUUUGUAGGAUUCUAAACAACGCUAACGUGCUCCUGGCCGACUCUAUCCCCCAUGGAUGGCUUCUGCCGCGGGUUGCUGUCGUUGUCCACUCAGGAAGUAUAGAUCAAAGCGCGCUGGCUUUACAAUAUGGAAAGCCAAGCGUGGUGAUCCCGCAUACAGCAGAUCAGUUUUCAAGAGGCAUAGGACUUUCAAGUAUUGGUGCAGCAGGUGCACCACUCACAACCAACAGGUUUUCUCCCAACGCACUAUACCAGGCACUAGAAUUCUGCCUCCGUCCGGAUAUUCAAGAAUCAACUCGCGUUGUUCAAAAGCAGGUCCAUGAUGAAGCAGGUCUUGAGAGAGCUGUUCAAGCAUUUUAUCGUUGGUUACCACCGCAGGUCCAAAAAUGUGACAUCACGAACCAGAACCUGGCCAUGUAUCGAGUCUGGAAUAGGCCAUCAUUGAGGAUAUCCCCUGAAGCAGCAGCGGUUUUGGUGGAAGAGCAGCUCAUAAAACAAACUGAUAUUGUACUAAUUACCCGCCAGGUUUACAAUAUCGAAUGUGAAAGCUCAAGACCUGUUGAAGAUACCGCAAGGGAUUAUUGGAACGGGGUCACGGUUGCCGCAAAGAACAUUGCUACGUCCUCAGAUCUGGUGAGCAUGCUGCCCGGGAUGCAACGAAAGAGUGAUGACAGCAGCGUAAAGAAACCGAAAAGAAAGAAUCUGGCCAAGGACAUUGGUAUCGGUACCGCAAGGCUCUUUGGAAACAUCGCUCUGCUUCCCUUCACUAGCACUGCACUGGUCGUUAACACUGUUGCAUACGGUGUGAAAGGGGCCAAGGGAACCAAGGCGCUGGAUGAAGAGAGUGCCACAACCGAUAUAGCAGCAUCGAAGCAGUCUAAUCCAAGUGCAAACGCCUUCUCCACCGGACGAAGCACAGAGGAUAAAGGCAAAGCACUACCAUCAUCUGUUAAUACCAGCCAAAUUAAAGCCAGGGAUGAAGAGCAUGCUGAGGCUAUCUGUCGCAGACACCUUGAUCGCGGGUUCAAGAGUCCGGUGCUCAAGUGUCUGGACUUUAGGCGGUUGGUGGUUGAUAGAUACCAGUGA